GUCACGUUCCUCUGGUGUCAAGGGUCACGCGCGCUCUGCCUACUUCCUUUCUUGUUAUCGUCGGCCAUUGGAAGCCAUCAACAUGGGCAAAUUCAUGAAACCCGGGAAGGUGGUGAUGGUCCUGGCUGGACGUUACGCCGGACGCAAAGCCGUCAUCGUCAAGAAUAUUGACGACGGCACCGCUGACCGCCCUUACAGCCACGCCCUGGUCUCGGGUAUCGACCGUUACCCCCGCAAAGUCACCGCCACCAUGGGCAAGAAGAAGGUGGCUAAGAGGUCCAAGAUUAAGGCCUUCGUUAAGGUGUUCAACUACAACCACCUGAUGCCAACCAGGUACUCGGUUGACAUUCCUCUGGACAAAACCAUCGUCAACAAGGACGUGUUCAGGGAUCCCGCUCUGAAACGCAAAGCCAGGAGGGAGGCCAAGGUCAAGUUUGAGGAGAGGUACAAGACCGGCAAGAACAAAUGGUUCUUCCAGAAGCUCCGAUUCUAGGCAUUCAAUGGUUUCUCUAAUAAAGUUGUAAAAAUCC